UUGGGCGCAAACUUAACCUAAAAAGUAUUAAAAUGAUGUGUUCAUUAAAGUUUUAGUUUCACUGAUUUUUCUAAUGGUUAUUAUGCGUUAAAUAUGAUAUAAAAAGUUUUUUAAACUUUUAAAAUUUACGUUAUUUAAUUAUUUUAAGUGUAUUAAUAAUAAUGGCAGAAGUAAAAGAUGAUCCAAGUGAAGUUCUUUCCAUUUUAAACUCUCUUGGAUUUGUUGGUGUUACUGCUUCUCAGUUGAAGUCUUUUAUGAAAGAUCUCAAACUGUACAGAAAAAUAAAAGAAAGAGAACGUGAAGCGUGGAAAGAGGAAAUAAAGAGGAAAAUUUUAACCAAGCAAAAACAAUCUCUUGUGGAAUUCAUUGAAGAACAAGAAAAGUCCACUAAGUAUAGUCAUUCAGAGAAGACAAUUUUACCAGAAACUCCACGAAAAACAGAUGCAAUGGUUAAAGUGAAGGUAAAAUAUUCACCUAGAGACACACAAAACGCUGAAAAAGAAAAUUUCAGACAAAGCCGUUCAAAUACGCAAAGAUCAGAUGUACCAAAAGAACGAGAAUGUGAUUUCUGGAUGAAAAAUUUAUUUCAAAAUGAUCAUAAGCAGAUAUGUGCAUCAAGUAAAACCGCAUCUAGUCGAGAUUACACUAAUCGCUCAAAAUCUGAAUCUAAAGAAAGUUCAACGGAUGGAUUGAAAAAGUCUCGAAUGGAGUCUUCCAAAGAAUACAGCGAAAGCGUUUCAUGUCUAAAGUCAAGAGAAAAAAUUGAAAAGAUUGAACGAAAGACACCACGCAUAUGUGAAAAGUUCCGAGCACAAAAAAGACCUGCAAGUGCUUCUGAAUCAAAUCCAAAGAUUCUUCAUCUUAAAACAAAAAGUACACUUUCUGAUCCUGGCGAAAGCAUUAGUUGCUCUGUUACAAGAACUUCUGUUUCAUCGCAACCCAAAUCAUUUAUAAGGCCCUGGAGGCUACAACCAGACGCUCAAAAACCUUGGAAGAAAUCCGAUCCUGUGACACUUUAUCAAAAAUAUCAAGAAGAAUGGAAGCAAUUUCCUCUUCCGGGAGAAGAUAAACACUUGGAUGUUCGAUGGGCGAUUCGCGAACGAAUGAUGGGCUGUGAUCCUCACCCUAGACCUGCUGAUUAUAAAUCUUCCCAUUUAUUGGCAUUGAAGAAAAGAUGACUAUAGAUAAGUUUAUUUUUUAGAGUAAAUUAAUAAUUUUUUAUAAGCCGAAUUAACUAUGCGUCAAAAUUGUCGCUCAAUCUUACAUAAUGUUUGUUAUAAUCAAUAAAUCAUAUACAUAUACUUA